AUGGCUGUCUCGAAACCAGAUUAUGAUGCUGUAGUGAUCGGAGCUGGCUUUAGUGGCAUCCGAUCUCUUUGGGAGCUCACCCAAAAUGGCCUGACUGCAAAAUGCUUCGAGGCUGGAUCUGAUGUUGGGGGAGCGUGGUAUUGGAAUCGCUAUCCCGGGGCCCGAACCGACAGCGAGGCGUGGGCUUAUGCUCUAAACUUUGCCCCCGAAGUGGUUGAUCAGUGGAAGUAUUCGGAGCGUUAUCCGUCUCAGCAAGAAGUUCAAGGUUACAUUCGUCGGAUUGCGGCGCACUACGACUUGCUAAGGCACAUUCAAUUCGAUACACAUGUGGUGUCAGCUCGUUUCAGCGAAAAAGAGAAUCUCUGGACUAUCACUGAUAAAACCGGCAAGGCCACGACAUGUCGCUACUUUAUCCCGGCAACUGGCCCGCUCUCGAUUGCCAAGAAGCCGCCCUUUUUGGGUCUUGACUCUUACAAGGGUGAAGUGUACCAGGCGUCAUCGUGGCCCAAGCAGAAUGUGGACAUCCGCGGGAAACGAGUUGCUGUGAUUGGUACCGGCGCGACGGGCGUUCAGAUCAUUCCCAAGGUUGCAAGAGUUGCCAAGCAGGUGAUCGUGUUCCAGCGGACGCCGAACUAUGUGCUUCCUGGCCGCAACUACUUUAUUGAUGAUCAUGAGGCGGAUGAAAUCAAGCAGAAGUAUGACGAUACUUUGAAAAAGGCUUCGGUGCAUCCCUUUGGCCUGGCUAUGGACUUCACAGGAAAGACUGCGGAUAAAGUAACUGAAGAAAAGGACAUUAGGCAGACCCUUGACAGCGGUUGGGAAACUGGAGGCUUUCACUACAUGUUUGAGACUUUCGACGACCUCUUCACCAGCGCCGAAUCCAACGCCAAUGCCUCAGAGUACAUCCGUCAAAAGAUCCGCGCUAUUGUUCGUGAUCCAGAGACGGCUGAGCUACUUUGCCCUCACUAUCCUUUUCUCUCCAAGAGACCACCUUGCGGGCACUUCUACUAUGAGGCGUACAACCGCCCGAACGUUCGCCUUGUCGACGUUUCCAAGCGGCGGAUCGAAAUGUAUGAGAAAGGGAUCCGCUUGACUGAUGGUGAAGAGCAUGAGGUCGACAUGAUCAUAUGUGCCUUAGGCUAUGAUGCUGGAAUAGGAGCCUUAAGCGAGAUCGACGUACGAGGGCUCAAUAACCAGUCUCUUGGGGAGUUGUGGGCGAGAAAGCUACAGACAUUUGCCGGCGUCCUCGUUCCUGAAUUCCCGAACAUGUUCAUGGUUUGUGGACCGCACAUCCCCUUUGGUAAUAUGCCAGUCAUUCUUGAUGCACAAAUGGAUUGGAUUGGCAAAACUAUCCGCCAUAUGGAAGAGAACAAGCUGGGGCGCAUUGAAGUGCCUGAAAAGACGGCUGAUUCUUGGGGUGACCAUGUUGAGGAGGCCUUUCAAGCCACGCUGUUUUCUCAAAGCGCCAAGGAUGUUGGAGCUUGGUUCGUGGGAGGAAACAGCCCGUUAUUCUAUUUUGGCGGUGUUGCGAACUGGGCUUCAUGGCUCGAUAAGGAGAAGGAGGCGACCUGGUCAGAGAUGCAGUUUACGCAACCAAGGGGAAAGGCAUUGAAUCACCUUUGA